GUUGUGGAGCAUCAAGCAGGAGCAGCACAGCGGCAACUUCUUCAAAACCAUACAAGUGUGAGAACACACUUCUAACGGGCGGAGGAGAGCGAUGGCAGCGCGGAUGUGCGUGCAACCAGAAAGCUGAUUUCUAUUGUUGGGAAUGCGCGAAAUGCGUAAAAGGCAAACGCAAAGCCCAUCACAGUACACGUGAAGCGCUGCGCCUGGGAGAGACGAGGCGGAGUGAAGAGACACGACCCUGUAGUUAGUUUCCCACAUCGUCUUCCAUUUCUCUUCCAGACUGGACUUACAUCGGAAAGCAAAAAUAAAAAUACAGAUAAGAGUAAAGAAACGGGAUUAAUCAGAGGGAACUCGAAGGUCUCACGAUGAAGAAGAACAAUUCAGAGAAUCGGGUACGAGCUCCAAAAGAGUGGGCGCUAUUGUCACUGUGGCUUUAACUAACGCGCGCCUUUGUGUUUUAACACUUUGUCUCUGGAUACAUUUGGGGAAACACACAUGCUGAUGCUCGAUCUGCUCGGUUAUGCGCCAUUAUAGCGUUUAUUUGUACGUGUUGGCUGCUGGACUACAUCAUUAAUACUCAUUUGUUAUUGCAAACCUGAUAUUUUCCAUCAAAGCUUUUACCCACUUUCCAUCAUUUGCUCGUUUUUGUUGUGAAUUAGUGGACUACAUAAAGUAAAGAACCGUUUUGUGCUUGUGGAAAGUUCAGCACUGAGUCAAGCUCGCAGUUGGUGUUGCACAAAGAAUGGGACGAUCUCCAUGACAAAGGCAAUGGCUUUGCAGGACACCAGCCAGCAGCCUGCUCAACCCGACAAAGUGGGAUGGAUUCGCAAGUACUGUGGCAAAGGCCUUUUCAGGGAGAUCUGGAAAAACAGAUAUGUGGUGCUGAAAGGAGACAAGCUGUACAUCUCAGAGAAAGAGGUGAAGGAUGAGAAGAAAUUUCAGGAUGUGGUGGACCUUACAGACUAUGAGAGGUCUGAGGAGCUUCGGAAGGCCAAGAGUCGGACCAAGAAAAAUCACAGCAAGUUUACUCUGCUGUGCACCCGCCAACCAGGCAACACAGUUCCAAAUCUGGUUUUCCUGGCUGUCAGUCCCGAGGAAAAAGAGUCAUGGAUCAAUGCCUUAAACAUUGCCAUCACCAGGGGCAAAAAUCGCAUUCUGGACGAGAGCCGACUUGCUACUAGCUCUUCUCAUACACUCAACAGGAGAGGAAAGGAUGGAGAGGAUGGAGUCAGCACACAAAGCCAGGUUACAGUGGAAGGUGAAAGCUGUUUGGUUCAUCCCACGCGAGACCGAGCCAAAAUCCCACACACACGCCGUCUUCCCACCCGUGGGCACCUUUUGGCUGUGGCCUCAACAUCUACAUCAGAUGGUAUGCUGACCCUUGACCUCAUUCAGGAAGAAGAUACUGAGAUACAGGACCAGAACAAAUCUGCAAACUCCAGAGUGGACACAAGUAAACUUCUACCUUUGGAUUAUGAAGCUACAGUCAAAUCUCAGAGCCUGCCACGCAAAAGUGAAAGCUCUUGGACCUGGUGUGAGAGCCAAGCACAAACCCCCAGGGCUGGAAAGAAGUUCAGAUCCGCGGACAAGAACCGCUGCGCCUCCAUGGAUGAGAUCCUCUCUCACACAGAUGCUAAGAGAUCAAUCCCACACUGCUCAGCCUCAGCCCCCGCACACUCCAUCUGCCAGCUACAGGAGCUCAUCUCGUUAAAACUGGAUAGAACUCAGGAGCUGCUGUGUGAGGCGCGGGGUCACAGCCAGGUUUGUGGUGCGAAUUCUGCCCCUGGCAAGGAAGUGGAACGCCUGCUGGAGGAGGCAGCAAGUGCCUGGGGACAGGCUAGGGAUGUGCUGGAGGAGGUGAAGGAAAUCAGAGUGCUGUGCAGACAGCUGGAGGAGGUCUCCUGCCCUAGUGACAAGCUGAAGAGCCCACAACAAAAUCAAUACAGGAAGAGCAUGAUGUGACGAUGUGGAAUAAGGUGAUGCAGUGAGACCUGACGAUACAGCUAAUGGACAUCAAAAUGAACAAAAACUGGAGACUAAUCCGUUUUUGUUUUGGACAGUAAUGGCUCUUAUUUGUCAGGCUACAUACCUUCAGCAUUGUCCCUGCUUGUCAGAAGUCUUUUUAAACUUUAAGGAGUGUUUAAAUAUACAUUCACUCUUCUGUCUUCUGCAGCCAUCUACAAUGGUUUUUAUAUUACAAAACCCUUAGCAGUCUCACCCUGGAACAUCUGAAAUAAUAACAAUUAUAGCACAUAAAAGAAAUCAGUGAGAUACUUUAUUUAUUUUGCAGAAAUGGUUUGGUUGUGAUGCCACACUAUGCCUAAAUUUUGUGAAUUUCCUCAAAGGACUCACAACAGAUUUCUUCCUAAUGACAUUACACGGCAGUUAGCAUGUGCGUAAAUGUUUAAACGGUACAUGCAGACUUUGGUCCUGUUUUACUACAGCUGAUACUAUGUAAAAAGAUUUCCAAAGCCAGAAACAAAACAUUUGCCAUAAUCCAGUCACUGAAGAUGUUACAGCAAGUGCAUGUUGUAGCCAUUGUGAAAUUCUGUCUGCUAUACAAACUCCUGAUUUGUUCCUCUUUUCUCAGUGGCAGUGGCAGUAUGGAGCCACUCAUAUAUACUCAGUGGCGACUUGAAUAGAGACACAUGAACACAUGAUCAGACUAUCAUGUGCCAUGAUCUAGGUGAGCUUCAGUCAAUAUGCACAUCAAAUGUUAGAAUGAUGGAAAGAAAUCUGAUUUCUUUGACUUGAGAUUUUGGCAGAGCUUUUGGGACCAAAAUGGCUAGUUUGAGUAUAUUAGAAACUGCUGAUAUUCUGGAAUUUUCCCAUAACAAUGUUUAGUUUUUACCAGAAUAGUGCGAAAAAUAACAAACAUUCAUUUUUUUGGGCAGAAAUACCUUGCUGAUGAGUGAGGUCAUAGAAAAAUUGCCAGAUUGGUUUAAAUUGACACGAUGGCCAUAAAAACGUAAAUAAGAAUAAAACAAAAUUAAAAUUAUGACCUGGAUGCAGUUGGGCUCCAACAGAAAAGGAAUCGCUGAACAGUUAAAGACUGGAAAAAGUCCAAGUGAUGUUUUUGUGAUACUGGGUUGUCCAGUUUCAUCGAGUCUUUUGCCUACUGUAGGUUCAGAUUCUUAUUCUUAGCCAACAAAUGUUAUAGCCUAUCCUAGAGACUGUUAAGUGUAAAAAUCCCAAGACAUCAUCAGUUUCUGUAGUACUCAAAUCAGUCCGUAUAACUGGUAAAGUCACACAAUUGCAUGAAUGAGCAGGUGUAGUUUUGCUUCUAUUAUAGUGGCUGGUGAGUAUAUAUCAGUCCAUAAUAUAAGGAUCAGGCGGACAGACAUUUGUUGCUGCUUUGUUAUGUUGGAUUUUUUGAGCUGCACUUAAAACCAAUAUAGCAUAGGUCAGGGUAUUUUGGAGUAUUUUGGGGUACUUUAGCUCUAACUCUGCUGUCAGGGAGCCCUUUAUGAAGAAUAUUAAUAUGAAAGAGCAAAGCGUCCCAGGCAGUGGAGCUACUGAGAAAACUGUGUACAUCACAAACCUGCCACGAUGUGAAUGUUUUAUUUUUCUACUUAAUACACUGGAACAGUUCUGGUUCAUUGAGGAUGGAAGUCUUCAAGGCUCUGGACGUUAUAGAGCUAUGCAAGACUUUGCUGCUUCUCUAAUGUUUUCCUAAUAACACACAGCACAUGUGGUCUAUUAUAUACGUACAGGACAUCAAUAUGUACACAGAAUAAUGCAGAAGAGAUGCAGCCAAUGGCAGUGUCGGUCAUGGAGAAGAGGCUUACUCCGUCUGUGCAUAAGAAAGGUGAUGUUGAAUUUUAUAGUGUUUGCUUGGUACUUUUGUGUACUUUCUCUGCAAACUGUCUUUCAAUGUAGGUGGACUCAAACUCAAAUAAGCCAUGCGUAGAUAUAUAACCAGAAGUACAGAUAAACUCUGGUGCCAGUGUUGCUGAAGGUUGUGAAAGGCGGAUGAGACAGAACAGCCAUUAGAUCUGUGAUUCAGUGUUUGUGGGGGCUUGAAAGCUUAAAGGAAAUGGAUAAUCUCAAAUUUGCACUAUUGAAUGCUGUAAAAGUAAAGUGAAACUGGCAAGCUGUCUUUUUUACCCCUAUGGCACUGAGCGACAAUCUAACAGUAGCUAGCUCACAGUCAGAUAAAUAAAAUGUUGGUUCAAUGAUUAAAAAAAAAAAAAAAUCAAAUGCUGCCUUAGUGAACCUUCCAAGGGCACAUACAUUUUGCAUGUCAGUUUUAAAAACAUUUUUUGUUUAACAUUAAUGAAAUUUCACCUUCAAGUUGCCUGAACCAAUGAGUGGUGAGAUGUGUAGUGGCACAGAGGCCUUUACAUUAGACCAGGGGUGUUCAGUCUUCUCCAAAAAUGGGCUGGUGUGGGUAUUUAUUCCCACAAAGUGGAAGCCAUACCUGAAUGUCUAGUAAAAGCCAAGUUCAGUUGAAACAGGUGGAAUCAGGUGUGGCUCCUGCUUGAAGAUCAGACACCCCUGCAUUACACCUAAUUUGCUACAGAUAGAAAACUAUGCAAUAUUGCAUACAAGCCUGAAAUAAACAGGUUUCAAGACUUACUGGUGAUGUAAAGUGUGGUACUGUAACAGACCAAAGGGUAUGUGCUGCCAGUAACUAACGUCUUGUUUUACAGUUUGUAGCUCAUUAACGUGUUUGCACAAUGUAGGUAUGAUUUAAAUCUGUUCUGUUAUUUAGGCCUGAUUACAAACAGUGUUAUUUUUUUUGUACAUUUUAUUGUAAAAUGCUUUUUUUUUGUAGAGUCAGUAAAAUAUUCUAGAAUUUUUUUUGACUUAAUGCUUAAAUGGAUGAAAAGCUCACAUCACAUUGUUUGACUCUGAGGCACCAUGAUGUGUUGUGGAAAAGCUUUUAGCAUUUAAAAAAUUGUAACAAAGCACAGUAUGUUUUUAAUUCUUCCCCUGCAUUUUUUUGUCUCUGUAAUAUAUCCAAAUAUAAUCCAACUAAUUUCUUGUCAAUUCUGGAAAGAUGCAGUAAUGUAUGUAACUCAUCUGAAUAGGUUACACCAGUGGAUUUACCACAAUUUGUCCACUAAGUUAUAAGUGGAAGUUAAUUUCCCACACAUCUACCAGACACUGAGACACAUUGCUUCAUUUGGCUGUAAACAAAAUGGAACACAAAUGUGAAGAUCUAAAUUAUUUAACAUUGUACAGGCUGCAGACAGGAUGGGGCCACAGAUAAAUAAUUUAUACAUUUAUAUUGAGUAUAAUAAUAUUAUCCUCUGUUUACUUUAGUAAUAGCACUGCAAGGAAUUCAGUCUGAUUCAUCUAGUCUUUUCAAUGCUAACAUUACAGUAAACCAUACGACAUUAAACCUAUUUCUAGACAUGCUUUACUAAUCUGAAGCAUAAAAUAGUCUGUUUUUUUUUUUUGGUAGAUACCAGUAAUAUUAAGCAGUUAUUUCUAUAAAGAAGCAAAUGGUCUGCCAACAGAACAAAAACAUUGUUUAAAACAAGUGAGUUAAAGCAUCUAAAAUCAGUCUGAACUAUCUCAUUUUUGAUUUAUAAUAAUUUCAUAAUAAGAAAUAAAUUCACAAUAUCACUUACUAUGAUAUUAUUUUAUAGUGUAACCAUAUAACAAUUAAGUUUUUCUUAUAUUCAAAUCUUUCCUGUAAGCCAUAUAAUCCACCAAUUGUAACAGCUUUUCUUGAUUUUUGGAAUGCUUUAUUUUCAUUUCAUUUUAUUACAGAAUGAAUGAAUAUAUGUCUGUGGGCUGAGUUCUGUGGUCCCAGGAGAGGUGGACCACAUGAAAACAUACUUGUUCAACUCUGGCUCUGCUGAAAUGUUCUAGAACAAAUUUUAAGAGGGUUAUGUUUAUAGACUGUGAGUGUAGAGCAGUAAGUGAUGGUGCAGGGGGUUUGAAUGUUUAAUCAUGUCUAUACUCUGGACUGUCUCUGAAUCGCUGGUUGAUGUCACACUGUUGCUGAGAUGCCAUGCAGUCACAGACUGCUGGAAAUACCUCGGAAAUGCAGCUACGUACCUCAAAUACCUUAAUAAUUUCAGUUGUUAUGCUUAGUGUUUUGUAAAAUUGAUGGCGUAUCCCCUCAAGUCUUCUUAGCUACGUGCUUUAGGUAUAGCAUAGCUGGAUACAUGUGAUUGUGUGUGAAUAUAUAAUUGUAGGUGUUGCACUUAAUUUUUUUAUGCUCAGGAUUGGCAAAUCUCUGAUAUACUUGAGACAGACCACUUGUGCAAUUAAAAACCAUUCGAACUCCAUAACCACAUCAAAA